CUGAAAAUGUUCAGACCAUAGAUAUAGAUUAUGAUAUAAGAGAGGACGGUGUUAUAAUAGCAGGUCUACGAGAAUGGACGCAAUAUGAAAUAACAAUGAUAGCGUAUAAUGAUGUUGGCUAUAGUAGGAAAAGUACAGAAAUAUUAGCUUGGACAAUGGAGUCAGUACCGAGUAAGGGACCAGAGAACGUAGACGCCAUAGCAUUAUCGUCAACUAGCGUGAAUGUAUCUUGGGACGAUGUGCCAAUAUUACAUCAACAUGGCAUUAUUUUAGGCUUUAAGGUUGAGUAUAAAUCACCACUAAGAAAUAUCAGUUCCGAGUUCAAAGAUGCACCUGGUCGAACCACCCGCCAUGUUAUUGUAGAAAACCUUCAAAAGUUUGUACUAUACGAAGUUCGAGUGUUGGCUUACACAAAGAUGGGAGAUGGAGAGCUGAGUACCCCAGAAAUUGUUGUGAAAACAAUGGCUGACGUACCAGGGCCACCAAGCAGUGUUUGGUUCCCGGCAGUGUCAUACUACGAGGUCACAAUUGAGUGGCAGCCACCACUAGAUAUUCGAGGAAUACCAACAGGAUACAGACUAGAGUAUAAAAUAAGUGACAGCGAUGAUGAGUAUAUAACCAAUUCAUAUAUUAGUUCCUUAGAUACAAAUUUCACUGCUCGUGAUCUUUAUAGAGGCGCUUUGUAUGACUUCCGGUUGACAGCUGAAAGUCAUGUUGGCUGGGGAGAGGCUGUGUCCCUUCAAAUCUUCACUGAUGUUAUCUAUAGAGAUGUGCCUCCGCGGCAAGGUCGACCAUAUGUUCAGAAUCCGCCGACGAAAGCCAGAUCAGUGACUAUAUACUGGUAUCCGACUAUUGACCGUUAUACUCCUAUCCGGAACUUCACGGUACAAUACAAAAGCCUGAAUGACGAUAUUUGGAACAAUGUUUUGGAACCAAUCUUAUCCCCUCAAGAAACAUAUGAAGUAAAAGGACUGCGUCCCGAUACAAUGUAUGCGUUCAGAAUUGCUGCAUCUAAUGACAUUGGAACCAGUCCAUUUAGUGAAGAAUCUAUGUUUGUGUUUACACAAGAAGAUUAUCCAGAGGGAGCUCCACAAUAUGUUUCUGUGGAACGGCUCACGAGCACAUCGGUGAAAGUCAGUUGGGAGCAACCCAGGUCUAGAACCUUGAAUGGAGAAUUGCUUGGGUAUGUGUUGAUGUAUAAAGCACUAGAAGACAACGAUUAUGUCGAACUAAGAGUUUCUAAAGACAACCAUGAGGAAAAUAUACACAAUCUUACAAAAUUUGUUUACUAUGUGUUCAAAGUAAAGGCAUUUAACGCAAUCGAAUCUGGACCUGCUAGUGAAAUAAUUACUGUUUUUGUUGGAGAAGCAGCACCAUCGGCUGCUCCGGUGAAUAUUGAAACCACAGCUGUGUCGCCAACAGACAUACAUGUGACAUGGCUGCCGCCAUCACAGGAAUCACAGAACGGAGAUCUCUCGGAGUAUCGGAUUUCGUAUUGGAGAAGAUAUGACCCUGAAAGUUCGGCCAAUCAGGUUACCACAGAGGACCUUACUGUAGACAUUGUUAACCUUGACAUUUACACUGAGUAUUCUAUAAGGAUUCAAGCAAUAAACCGUGCAGGCGAGGGACCAAAUAGCGAUGUCAUAUUUGAGACAACUUUAGAGGACGUACCAGGAAAACCUGUUUCACUAACAUUUCGGAAUGUGACAUAUACAUCACUGGACAUGCAGUGGGAGCCUACUUUACAACCUAACGGCAUAAUCAUCAAAUACAAACUGACCUAUCAAGAACAAAAUUCUGCACGUGAAAGUCACGUGACAAACCUAGAAGUACCAGGUGACUCAUAUAUGAAAAAUAUCAAAAAUUUACGUGAGAAUGCCACCUUCGUAUUUAGUGUAUCAGCAACAAAUUCCAUUGGCCAGGGACAGGGGAUAGUGAAGACUUUAAUCCUAGGGCCACAACCAGGGUCGCCUGAAGCCCCGCAUCAUUUGACGUUCAACAUGGAUGAAAAAAGACGUAGACUAUUCUGGAAUGGAGAUCUGGUUCUAAAGGUCAACUGUCAAUAACUAGACAUGAAAUUCAAGCACAGGAAGCGUAUUCCUGUCAAUGGACAACUGUCAAGAAAAUUGGUACAGACACCUGGGUAGAUCUGAACUUGAGGAAUUUGAAACCGGAAACCAAAUAUAGGCUGCGCGUUAUUGCGUUUAAUACAUACGGAGCGAGCCCUCAAAGCGUCCCGUCAGAUGAGUUCAAGACACCGGCACAAUCAGCACCUACACCUCCUCUCAUCUGGAAGGUAUAGAUAUGUUUGCUGCGAGUGAUGAAGACCCUGUUCUGUUUACAAUAAAAAAUGACACCUACAUGCGAAGGAUCGUUGGACUUACGUUCGACUACAGGAAUCAACGCAU